UAGCAAGGGGACACCUUGCAGCCAUCUCCAGACACCCUGAUCACAUUUGUAUCUCCAGCAGCAAGACAACUAACACAGGACUGCUGAAUCCCGAGCAGGAGCAGAGCCAGGGACCAUGGCCUCCGACCUGGAGCCUGCACCAUGUGCCAGCCCCGAAGGCAAGGUGAUGAUGACGAUGAAGAAGAAGAAAAAGAGAAAGAAGCAGCCGAGCGCCAGCCAGGGCGACGAGGAGCGCCAGGAGGCCCAGGCCGAGAUUGAGGGCCUCACCAAGGCCGGCAGCCUGGCUCUGGCCCAGGAGCGUCCCGAAGAGGCGCUGGCCUCCUUCAAGAAGGCCUUCCUGAUGUCGCUGGACGUUGGGGAGCAGAGCGUGCAGAGAGCCUGCGCCUUCAACCUGGGGGCAGCCUACGUGGCCUCGGGCAGGCCCGCCAAAGGCCUGGACUUCCUGCUGAGGUCCCAGCCGGCCGAGGGCGACGAGAGGCAGGGCGACCUGUACUUCAACCUGGGCAUCGCCCAGGAAGAGCUGGGGGACCUGGAGAGCGCCACCGAGCAUUACGAGCAAGCCCUGGCCCACUACCGGGCCCGGCAGCCGCAGGGCGAGGCGGACACCUGCAUGAAGCUGGCCAGUUGCCGGGCCCGGGCCGGCCAUGAGGCCCAGGCUGCCCGCUGCUUCCUCAGGGCCGGCCGCCUCUACCGCCAAGGCGGCGGGCCCGACAUGGCUGCCGUCGCCAUGAACGAGGCAGCCGGACACAUGCUCCAGUGCCGGCACUUCACCGCCACCCAGAUCACCGAGGUGUUGAACGAGUGUCGCACCGUCUGUGGCAACAUCCAGAACAAGGCCCUGCUCGGGAAACUCUACAACGACAUAGGGCUGAGCUACUCGCAGCUGAAGAUCUUCUCCCUGGCAGCCGAGUGCUUCGAGCAGGCGCUGCCCUACAGCCGGCGAGAUUGCACCGAGCCGCGGAAAGAGGCCGUCAUCCUGCAGAACCUCGGCGCCGUCUACAACACGACUGGGGACUUCAGCAGGGCCCUGACCUUCCACCAGAGGGCCGCUGCCCUGCACGGUUCCCUUGGAAACAGGAAUGCCCAGGGCCAGUGUUUCUGCAACCUGGCCUAUGCUUGCAGUCAGCUGGGUGACCAUGAGGAGGCGGCAGAGGGCUACCUGCAUGCGCUGCAGGCUUUCAAAGACACCGAUGAUUUUCACGGACAGUGGCAGGCUUGCGAAGGCUUGGGAGCUGCCAGGUUCCGUCUGGGAGACCCUGAGAAGGCCACACUUUACUACAAGCUGGCUCUAGCUGCUCUGGCCAAGUCACAGGAAUCUACCAGCUCGGCACAAGAGAGGAUUGUGAACAAGUUGGCAGACGCCAUCCAGUAUAAACUGUCUCUGAACAGUGUUUUGCCCCAUGCUGGGGGCAUCCUUCCCGCCAUGCCUUUGAAGUAUCUACCAGGGAGUUUCCCACGUACGAACCCCUUGUGUGGACCAGUGGCCGUGACCCAGGGGCAGGGGAAAGGGAAGCAGUCACAGCGCAGGCAGCUCGUACAGCCAGCGGAGGAGGAUCGAGUGCCCGGGGACCGCGUUGGCUGCCCCGAGACGGGAUGGCAGAUGAGGAACGGUCGACGGCACCGGACAGACCCCAGCCCUCCCGCCGCAGAAACAGGCCCGGCGCUCGGCAACAAACCUACGGGCAGCGACCCAGCGGGCAUGGAGAGUGGAGCAGCGGCCGGGAGCAACGGCAGGAGUCUACCGCAGACGGGGACGGCCGAAGAUGCGGAGAAGGGAGUCGUGACUGCCGUGGCUGAGGGCCCCGGGCAGGGUGAGGAGGAGGAGGUGGAGGUGGAGGAGGGUCGCUGGAUCAGCCCAGCACAGGCCAACAGAAACUUAAACAACACGUAUCUGCAGCCAGACCCGACGUAUAUGAACAACCCGCAGCUCGGGACGUUGAAAACAGCAGAUAAAAGUGACCACUUCUACGAGACCUGCCGGCUGAGACAGACACAGGCAGCGGACGAGGGAGUUGCCUCAACGUCUCAGGAAUCUGGGAAUUCUGCCAACGGAGCCGAGCCGGAGCAUCCGAAAUGGAGGAGGAAGUGGGAGUCCAGGAUGUGCUCGUUGAUGUGAGACGCGGGCAGCGGGAGCGGAGGUCAGGGGUCACGCCCCCCCCCCUCCCCCGCAAGGUCGGAGUGUGAGGCCUCAGGCCGCCUGCCUCGGUUGGCGCCCAUCCCUGACCGGCCCUCAGUGCAAGCACACAAUCCCCCCUCACCCUGCCCUCAUCCCCUCCCCCCGGGACCGCUAGUGACCUCUGACCCUCUCUGGAGAUUGCAGUGACCCUCUCCACUGGGGAGACCGUGACCUCUGACCCUCUCCUCUGGAGCCGGCCAGUGACCUCUGACCCUCUGGGGAGACAGUGACCUCUGACCCUCUGGGGACAAUUAGGGACCUUUGACCCUAUCUCUGACCCUUUCAUGUGUGGCUGAUCAGUGACAUCUGACCUAGGCCUCCUGGGGUCAGUCAUAGCUGACCCCUGCCCCUUGGGGCCAAUCAGAUGCGACUCCUGACCCUGGUACCCAGGGUUCAGUCAGAGUUGACCCUUGACUCUGUCCUCGAGGUCAGUCAUUGCUGACCUGCGACCCUAGCAUCAGUCAGAGAUGACCCUUAGGUCAGUCUGUACUGACCUCUGACAGAGGAGGGGGGGCAUCGUUGCUCCUUGGACUCUGGGGACAGGUGGGUGGCGAAGGUGACAAAGGUCCUCGUCUCACCUGGGCCCCAGCCAUCCAAGGGGCCGAACAUCCUCCUGCUAGCCCUCUCGGUUACACUCGAUGGGCUGAAUGGCCUAUCCUAGACCCGAUGGGCUGAAUUAGAAGGAUGAGGGGGGUGGGACCUCAUUGACACU